GUCGGGCGUCCGGCGUCGGUUCCUGCUCUGGGCUAUAUCCCCCCUCCCCCAAGGCCCAAGCCACAACCAGCAGGCAGCAGCAGCAGCAGCAAAACACACCCUUCUUCCUCCCCGCCGGCGAGAGAUCGACGAACGAGAUGGUGCUGUCACACGGUGUCGGCGGCUCCGAUGAGUCCGUCCACUCGACGUUCGCGUCCCGCUACGUCCGCGCCUCCCUGCCCAGGUUCCGGAUGCCGGAGCAGUCGAUCCCCAAGGAGGCGGCGUACCAGAUCAUCAACGACGAGCUGAUGCUGGACGGGAACCCGCGGCUGAACCUGGCCUCCUUCGUCACCACGUGGAUGGAGCCCGAGUGCGACAAGCUCAUCCAGGCCUCCGUCAAUAAGAACUACGUCGACAUGGACGAGUACCCCGUCACCACCGAGCUGCAGAACCGGUGCGUGAACAUGAUCGCGCAUCUCUUCAACGCUCCUCUCGGGGACUCUGAAACUGCUGUUGGAGUGGGCACCGUCGGCUCGUCCGAGGCCAUCAUGCUGGCUGGGCUGGCGUUCAAGAGGCGUUGGCAGAACAAGAUGAAGGCCGCCGGCAAGCCCUGCGACAAGCCAAACAUUGUCACCGGCGCCAAUGUCCAAGUUUGCUGGGAGAAGUUCGCGCGCUACUUCGAGGUGGAGCUGAAGGAAGUGAAGCUGAGCGACGGCUACUACGUCAUGGACCCGCAGAAGGCCGUGGACAUGGUGGACGAGAACACCAUCUGUGUCGCGGCCAUCCUCGGCUCCACACUGAACGGCGAGUUCGAGGACGUUAAGCUGCUCAACGACCUGCUUACCAAGAAGAACGCGGAGACAGGCUGGGACACACCGAUCCACGUGGACGCGGCGAGCGGUGGGUUCAUCGCGCCGUUCCUGUACCCGGAACUGGAGUGGGACUUCCGUCUGCCGCUCGUGAAGAGCAUCAACGUCAGUGGGCACAAGUAUGGCCUGGUCUACGCCGGCAUCGGGUGGUGCAUCUGGAGGAGCAAGGAGGACCUGCCGGAGGAGCUCAUCUUCCACAUCAACUACCUCGGCGCCGACCAGCCCACCUUCACCCUCAACUUCUCCAAAGGCUCCAGCCAGGUCAUUGCACAGUACUACCAGCUGAUCCGCCUUGGCUUUGAGGGUUACAAGAACAUCAUGGAGAAUUGCCAGGAGAACGCGAUGGUUCUGAAGCAAGGUCUGGAGAAGACGGGCAAGUUCAACAUCGUGUCCAAGGACAAUGGCGUGCCGCUGGUGGCCUUCUCCCUCAAGGACAGCAGCCGGCACAACGAAUUCGAGAUCUCCGACUUCCUGCGCCGCUUCGGCUGGAUCGUGCCGGCCUACACCAUGCCCCCCGACGCGCAGCACGUGACGGUGCUCCGCGUCGUCAUCCGCGAGGACUUCAGCCGCACCCUCGCGGAGCGCCUGGUGCUCGACAUCGAGAAGGUGCUGCACGAGCUGGACGCGCUGCCCGCCCGCGUCCCCAGCGGCGACCUCGCCGCGCUCGCCGCCGCCGAGGCCAGCGAGAAGGCGAUGGAGAAGCAGCGGGAGGUGAUCUCGCUCUGGAAGAGGGCCGUCCUCGCCAAGAAGAAGACCAACGGCGUCUGCUAAGCAGCCGAGCCGAUGCAUUUCCGGCCCUAUGUGCGUGGGGGGUGCUGUUUGCUAAGUUGCCCCUAUUUUAUCUGAACAUCUGCUGAAAUUUGUCUGAGUACGUGUUUUUUAGUUUUUAUUACCCCUCCGGAUGAAGGCUGCUAUGUGUCGAGGUUAAGUUUUAGAGGACAGAGAAUUGCUCCGGCUCGAUGUAAUGUAGCGAGUGUAUUAUAUGCCACCCGUUAGUCCUUGCAAAUAAUAUUGCGCGCUGUCGCUGAGCACCAAUUACAUGCUGGUUUGUAACAGUCUGCAUCUUAUAGAUUCUUAAUUGGUAUAAAAUGAUUUUAUGCA